AUGACCCUCCUCCCGCCACUGGUUCCCACAGCUCGCGUCCUCACGUUUGCUUACAAUGAGUAUGAGGCUGACUGGCAGCAUGUGAUUUUGCAAGAAUUUAUUCUCGACGGCGCGGGGGAUUUGCUGAGUUCUCUUCAACGUACCGAGAGAACAACCGCACAAAUGAACGACCGAUCGCAUUUGUCUGCCAUGGUCUUGGUAAACUCGAGCACCCAUUCAGAGCCUACUUUCCGCAAUGUUUUCCUUUCCACCCGUGGUGUUAUUUUUCUUGGCACGCCGUUCAACGGAUCAGGUCUCGCUAGUUGGCUUCAGUCCGUAUCCGAUUCCGUUGGCCUCAACAAGCAGGGGUGCUUUGACAGCAUCAACUUUCUCAAAGAGUCUUCCAACCUGAUUCUUGACCAGAAUCUGCGCCACUUGGACAUUAUAAAGAAAAAAAGCGUCCAGAUGGGAUUUUCGCCAAUAGAAUUCACUUGCUUCAAUGAAGGGCUGUCUUUGGAUUUUGACUCUAUCGUACCGAAAGAGUCGGCCACUCCGCCUCGUUGCCCUGACGUUGGAAUCCACCGCAAUCAAGUGGACAUGACCAAAAUCACCAAUGCGGAUGACCCCUUGUUUAAGGCCAUUGGGGGAAAGCUGCGUCAGUGGAUUAGCAACGCAGAUGCGAAAAUAAUUUACCACGGAAGUUCUUCACUUGCAAAGCCUCUCCGCAAUGCCCACCAGAAAGGAGACUACAAUCGCCAGUAUAAUCUAUUCGGCUAA